GUUCUGUCUGCACCCACCUCUCCCCCGCCGUCCAAUGAGAAGAGGCCGCUUUUGGAGCAACCGGGAGAGACUGUUGCCCAAUGAUUCCGUGAGGAACGAUUGUUGCUCCCUCAGUGCGCAGAGAUACGCGGACCGCACGGAGAUCCACGCAGAUCACCGCAUACCCCACGCAGAGCCCCGCAGACCCCCCCACGCAGACCCACGCAGACCCCCCCGUCGUGUCCUCCGGAGCUCGGACGCAGCAGCAUCACCUGCCCCAGAGAGGCUUCUGAGCCUGGACGGACCUUGACGCUCACCAGCCUCAUCUUGCCGAAGGCAUUCCCAGAAGAAGACAUCCACCAGGCCGAGCGGGAGAUCGGCUAGAUCAGAACCAACAGAGGCUGCUCACCAUAGAAGGGAGCGAAGCAAAAAGCAUGAGUUCAUGCAGCACAGAUGUUAAGGAAAAUCGGAACUUGGACAAACUCUUCUCCAAAGAGGGGGUUGCAGCUGCGGCUGCUCAACUCCCCAAUGGGAGUGGUGGGGGUGGGAGGAAGCGUCCUUUAGAGGAGGGCAAUAAUGGGCAUGCGCAUUCCAAGUACAGGCCCAAGAAGCGUAAGAAAGUCCCCGGGCCCAUUCUGCCUAAGAAUGCCCUCAUGCAGCUCAAUGAGAUCAAGCCAGGGCUGCAGUACAAAAUACUCUCGCAGACCGGGCCCGUCCAUGCACCCGUCUUCGUGAUGACUGUGGAGGUCAACGGGCAGCUCUUCGAGGGUUCUGGUCCUACCAAGAAGAAGGCCAAGCUGAAUGCAGCAGAGAAGGCACUGCGCUCCUUCGUCCAGUUCCCCAAUGCGUCCGAAGCCCACAUGGCCAUGGGCCGGACUCUGUCUGUUCACACGGACUUCACCUCGGACCAGGCUGACUUUCCAGACAUGCUCUUUAAUGCCUUUGAUACAUCCAUUCCUGCGGAUGACCCGUUUUACCUUGCAUCCAUCAGUAAUGGUUCCUUCAACUCAUUGGGAAUAGAGUACCCGUUGCUCCCCUCUCCUGUCCCCAACCUGGGGCAGGCCCCGUUACCGCUAGUCCCCUCCCCCUUCAUCUCCCCUACAAGCGGCAAGAAUCCAGUCAUGAUCCUCAAUGAGUUGCGGCCGGGCCUCAAGUAUGACUUUGUGUCAGAAAGCGGGGAGAGCCACGCCAAGAACUUUGUUAUGUCAGUGUCAGUGGAUGCUCAGAGCUUCCAGGGUUCUGGACGGAACAAGAAGCUGGCCAAGGCCCGGGCUGCCCAGGCUGCUCUGUCUGCUCUGUUUAACAUGCAGCUGGAUCAGGCUCCAUCGAGUCAGCCAAUACCCAGAGAAGGACUGCAGCUUCACCUGCCACAGGUCCUGGCGGACUCCGUCUCUCGCCUGGUCGUGGACAAGUUCAGUGAACUCACGGACAACUUCUCGUCUCCGCACUCGAGGCGGAAAGUAUUGGCAGGUGUCGUCAUGACAACAGGUACAGAUGUGAAGGACGCUGAGGUCAUCUGCGUGUCCACAGGAACAAAGUGCAUCAAUGGUGAAUACAUGAGCGAUAGAGGUUUGGCCCUCAAUGACUGCCAUGCUGAGAUAGUGGCUCGCCGCUCGCUCAUCAGGUACCUUUACUCCCAGCUGGAGCAUUUCCUCAGUAACCACGAAGAGGAGCAGCAGACAUCGAUCUUCGCCAGGUGUGAAAACAGACAAGGCUUCAGGCUGAAGGAAAAUAUCCAGUUCCACCUGUACAUCAGUACGUCCCCCUGUGGAGACGCCCGCAUCUUUUCUCCCCAUGAGGCUGGAAUGGAGGAUCAGGGGGACAGACACCCGAACAGAAAAGCCCGUGGACAGCUCCGCACUAAAAUAGAGUCCGGUGAAGGAACCAUCCCGGUUCGCUCCACUAACACCAUCCAGACGUGGGAUGGGGUUCUUCAGGGCGAGAGGCUGCUAACCAUGUCCUGCAGUGACAAGAUUGCCAGGUGGAAUGUCGUCGGACUCCAAGGCUCUUUGUUGAGCUACUUCACUGAGGCCAUCUACUUCUCCAGCAUCAUUCUGGGCAGCCUGUACCAUGCUGACCACCUCUCCAGAGCCAUGUACCAGAGGAUUACCGAGAUCGAGGACCUGCCCCAGUCCUUCAGCUUGAAUAGGCCACUGCUCAGCGGAAUAAGCAACUCAGAGGCUCGUCAGCCAGGAAAAGCUCCCAACUUCAGCGUGAACUGGACGGUGGGGGACCAAGGGUUAGAGUUGAUCAACGCCACCACAGGGAAGGACGACCUGAGUCGACCCUCCAGGCUCUGCAAACACGCUCUGUACAGUCGCUGGCUGCGCCUGCACUGCAAGCUAUCCUCCACCCUGCGGAUCAAAACGGUGAGGCCCAGCAGCUACCAUGAUGCCAAGCAGGCAGCGGUGGAGUACCACAGCGCCAAGCACGCGCUCUUCAGAGCCUUCCACAAAGCCGGACUGGGCGCCUGGGUGAAGAAACCCAUCGAGCAGGAUCAAUUUGCUCCGGGCACCUGAGCGGUGAGCGAUGGGAGAAUAGGUCUGCUGGCUUUAUUUCCUGGGUCAGUUUCCUCGGUGGAAUGGUUUCCCUCCGGAUUGUCAUGGACUGGCCUGUGUAUUAGUGGGAGGAUCGCAUCCAGAUGUCAGAAUCCACGGAUUUAACCUUCAUCUGUGUAGCCUCAUGCUACGCUACCUCUCAGCCAGCACUGCGCAUUCAAGAAGAGAAUUAUCCAGUCAGUUAUGCAACUUUAUAUCACGAACAAAUGUAAAAACAGACUUGAGAAUGGAAACUUGUUAUCAGCAUUGUUCGCUUUAAUGGCACUUGUUUAUAUAACAAUAUGGAUGUUCUCAUUUUGCAUGUGUGUUUAUACCAAAUUCAUGUGUCAGUGUUGUAAUGAUUUGAGAAUGUUUUAUCUGCUCAUUUGCAGUUCUUUGAGGUCACACAUAUAUUUUUUUUGCUAAGGAUAUGCACACUAAGAUGUCUAAAAUGGCAGAAAACUUUAGAGGAUAGUAAUUCACAGUUUUAAUGACAGCUUUACUCUUAAUUACUUAUCUACAUGAGCUGGACUCCACCUACCACAUUAAGUGGACAUGCGUGGUGGAUUUAACUGUGCUAAUCUUUAAAUGCAUAGGCUCGGAAAUCAUAGUAAAAAUAUAUAUAUCAUAGGUGGAGGGACGACGGUGCCAGACUCGUUUUCUGAAGAGAGUUCUGAAAUGCUGCGCGGCUAUCUAACCAGAAAAUACAAAUACAAUAGAAAAAUAAAGCAGGCCGACACAUCUGUCAAUCAAAGAGAUCCAACCGAAAACAUUUCCGUUUUCAUUCUGCAUUAACCCUAACCCUGCUUUCCCCUGAUUACCCAUUUAGUCCAGAACAAGCUUCCUAGGUCAAUACUAAUGAGCAUUUUUGAUGUCACCGUUAAUAUUGUUCAAAGAGAAAUUAGCCCCAAGACAGAUUUAUUUUCACAUCAAAAGGCAAAACAGAAGUUUAUUUUUGUAUGAAAAUAUGAAAUUUUGGGACAAAUAUCAACCUACAUGUAUACUAAAUUAAGUGGUCAUUUAAGCUUCCAUCUUUGUUGGAAUAAAGAAUAAUAAGGUGAUUGUUGUCAAUGUCCGAGGCGUUAAGCCAUGGUGGUUUGUUAACUCGAUGCUCUUUGAAGAAUUUGUCUCCUUGUACCCUUUAACCCUUGUAGUUUGGGCUAAUUUCCUCUAGUCACUAACGUUGGCUGUGAACAACUCUCCUGUUGCACCGCAUCGGGCUGACAAGUUUAUGCAACCAAUCUAACAAAUACGUCAGAGUCUGCAAAUCUCUCACCGCAGUGAUCGCCCCUAUGCAGUAACGACAGCGAACCCACACCCUGCUAGUGUUGUUAACACGAAGACCACCAGUAAAAGCUCACCAAAGAUGAUGUCAGCGUUUUUUGUUUUCUGUGUUUUUCUUCCACACAUUGUUGUUUUAUACUAUUGUAUUCUGCCUGUACUACUUGUGCUGAUGUGUAAAGUGAGGUUAUGUGUAGUAGACUCUCUUACUCUUUCAAAACCAAACAAGACCUUUUUCUUCUAUAGCGAAGAAAUAAUUCAUAUUUGAUUUCCUGACCCUGAGUGGUUUUUAUUUGUUUGUUCAAUUUGUCUUCAAAUCAUUUUGAAAUUCUUUAUUUGCUGUAAAAGUACUCGGGAUGUAAACCUCCAGCCUCAAACCCACACAGGGCAUCUUGAACAAAUUUCUUAAUUUUCAGUUGUGUUGAUUUCCUUUCUUUGUAUAUUAUGAACGUGUAUCCUUCGGCUUCUAUUUACUUGCUGAAAAUGCAUCUUGACUUUGAGCAUGUGCAGACCUGUUCCUGUCUCGGCUUUCCUGGCUCCACAAUCGGGCCCUCAGGGUUUUAGGAGGUGCCGCCAAUUAUGUUUCCUCGUUAUAUGCACUUUUUUAAAAAGGGAAUGGUAUAGUUUUUCCAUAGACAAAGCAAGCAAGUUGAUAAGUGGUUAAAUAUGGUCCACCGUAUUUUGUUCCUAUUUGUCAAUAUGUUGGUGCUUGUUGAACCUCCACAUUUCUUAUGGGUUCAUGCAUUAUGUUAUUGAUUUCCCGCAUAAAAUACAGCAAGACCGUGGGGCCUAAUGCAUGAGCUCAACCUGUAAAGCAUGAAAAUUAUGAAUAUAAAAUAUGUAGUAACUGAGUCAUGUCACUGAGCUGAGAUUUAAUAAAGUGCUGUUACAGUCA